GACUUUAAUUUUUUUUAAAUGACAAGACUGUUGAAAAGUCGAGCGUAGCUGUCCUCCGACGGUUUUCUUGUUAUACAAUACAAUUUGCUUAUCGCAUGGUGCCUCAAUUUUCCCUUGCACUUUACAGCAUAAUCAACAUGGGUGCACACAUUAUUAGACAAAACUGUGCUGAUAUAUAAAAAACCUGUUUUUACUCAACCAGACCAUAGUUAUGGUCCUUGACUUAAUAAAAAAUACACAUGAACUGCUUAAGUUUGUGUUGUGUUGCAUAUGUCUUAAAAUAUUUCACCUAGAGUCAUGAAACCAUGUCGGUGACAGGAAAUCGAGGCACCAGUGUCCUGUGGACGCAGAUCUAGUUUAUUAAAACAUCUUCCUUUGCGAUGAAACGCAAAGUACAGAAACUCGUACAUUAUCUUCUAUACACCAUGGUUUAGGUUUAAAUCUCGGGGUUUCCACAAGAUAUAUUAAUCUCGGUCAAAUACCUUGUUGAAACCCUCAGUUUAAAGCUCGACCAUGUUUAUAUUAUGAUAAUAUAGUCUUUUUCUGUCCUGUAGCUGCUACUAUAUCUUCUUUCUAGGACAGUGCAUAGUAUAUACAAUGCAUUAAAUUUGUUUUUGGUUUGGUUUUGCGUGUUAUCAUUUACAAGUAUAGAUGUUUUAUUUCUACACACUAUCCUUCUGUUAUAUUUGCAUGAAUAUCCGUAGAUUGUGGUAAAGGCAAGGUGUUAGAGACAGUAGUUUCAGUUCUGGUACCAGUUAUAGUCGUCAGCGCUAUAGUGUUGGGAUGCUGGUUUUGCAGACGAAGAAGAAACAAAGGAAACGUAACUAGUACAUAUAGUAAGCUAAAACAAGUUGACAUUCCUCAUGAGAUCACACAUAAUUCAAUGACUAAGGGAUUUCAUCAACCAGCACGUGAUCUUAAUAUUCAUUCUCAAUAUUCUGAUGAUGACUCUAAAAGUAACGGUACGUUUAGAACUACUUCCUCGCAAAAUUAAUGUACCUCAAGUGAAGCUUCUGACAAAGACUUGUUAAGUGAUCGUUCGAACAAAAGUACAGAAAUGCUCAGAGUAAGACUUGAAACACAAAUCGAUAUUACUGAUGAGGACCAGAAAGCAAUCGGUGACAAAGUGCAGAAAUCAAAACAUUAUACCUCACGUGCAACGCCUGAAAACGAUACUCGAAAAAAAUAUUCUAACAACCAUGCAGAGAUGUUGCAAGGGAGACUGAAUUCAAGAGAAAUAAAGGACAUGAAAAAGAAAUCUCAGUAUUCUGAAGCGCAUAGGUCGGAGCUAGGUGACGGAUCUGCUACCUCAAGCGUUGUAAAAGGUGAAACUGUUGAUUUAAGUAUGGAUGCCGCUGGUGUUUUGCCAAGGCACGGAGUUCAACGGGUGUCCUUAUCGACACGCACUUCUAGAGAGAAUAUGAGUGACCCAGGUGAUGCAGAUCUUACCACAAGGACAAAUGUCUGUUCUGAGAUAGAUGAUUUAGGUAGAGGAACUCAACCAGAUGGAAAUUACGUCCCAACAACAACACAAGCAAGCUCAGUAAGGCCACCUACUAGUAGUUCAGCUGCAGAAGUUUCAGUUUGGCUAGAAGUAAAUACUUUUAUGUCUCGUAAUCUGUCAUGGGACAAGUUCAAGAUGGUUUACAGAAGACUGACAUGGAAGACAAAUUCUGAGCUGCAUGAAACAGUUGAACCGGAUAUGGAUAAUGCUCUCAUUGAGGCGCAUAGUAAAUCUCAAGAGGCUGUGUACAAGCUAAUGAUUCACUGGAGACAAGCAACUCCUGAUGCUGCAAUAAUACAUGUAUUUCAGGCCCUUGAGGGUUGUCAACAGAAACUUUUAAGUGAAAAACUCCAAUCAGUUGUAGAGAAAACACGUGCUCCUGUCAACAUAGCUUUUGGUCAAAUCUCUGAUAACGGACAUAAUGUUGUUGCAGCACCUCCACGAGGUGAACUUCCAACUUCGGAUACUUUGCAAUCUGUAAACAUUGAUACAAACGGAAUAGCUGCAACUGGGCACUGUGCAAACAAUUUACGGAUGAUGGAAUUAAAAAUAUGAGUAGACGGCUUUCGUUGAUAAUAAAAUAUAUAGCAGAUAUAUGGGAUGAAAGAAAUUUGUUGUAUCAUCCCUUGCUGUAAAAUGUACAUAUUUGUUGCUGUUAAACAAUUCUUUUCUUGUUGUAUUAAAUCCAAAUAUUUUGUUUUUGACGUUUGGUUUUAAGUUAUAUUGACUGUUUCAUAGGUAGAUUGUUAGCUUUUUAUGGUGGACAAAGAUACUAUAUUCCCAUCGAAAAGGGUGUUUUAAAGGCACGGAAUAGCGCCUGGAUAGAACCAUCGAACUUUAGGCAAGUCAGCUGGGCUUAACUAAUUGAGUAAGACUCGAACUCUAACUGUAAUAGGCAAGUGAUUAAAAGUCAACGAUCGUAAACAUUCUGCCACGGAGGUCCGGAAAUAAAUUAUAUACUAAUCUACAUUUCUGACGCUUACUGGGUAUUUUCAUAGUUUUAUUGUAUACUUACUAAAUUUCAUCCACAUUUUGGGAAACUGUUUCGUUCGUAAUUUACUAAAGGUUCAAUAAAAUCGAAUUGUGCAAAAACAUAAUUUUAUAUAUUUAACGACAUAUACUCGUUUGUAAAAUGUCACAAAAUACACAUAAAAGAAGUGGUUUCAUACAACUUGCAAACAUCAUUUAUAAUUUUUGUACAUCGUAUAGCGGAGUAUAUUUCAAAACCUGUUUUGACUGCUGGAGUGUUUCGAGAUCAGAUAUAAACAAGAUUUUCGGCGGUAAGAAAUCAGUUCUAGCGAUUCACUCUUUGUGGUGACCUCAUUAGAUUUAAAUUCAAUGUUUAACUUAAGAGGAAUGUUAUUGUAACAUGUACUUCGUUACAUAAUAAUUAAUAAUCUCAGUGUUGAGGAAAUGUAGUUUAUCAAGAGUUCUGACAUAUUGUUUAUAAAAGAUCUUUCAAGGAUGAAGCCCAACAUUCAGUGGUAAAACACAUGUGAUGAAGGGGCACAGGUUUCCAAACACUGGUUUCUCCUGGGCGAGUCGACCACGUUUUGGAAAUCUUUUAUGAAUGUCACGUGAACUUGUAAAACAUAUUCGAAGAUUAUUUUUUUAACAUAUACAUAUUAUGUUUGAUUAAUUCGCAUGUAUCUACGGCUUGUCUGCUUAAUAAUAUGUCGUCACCAAAUAAAUAUGUCCC